AGCCUGUGAACAGAAUGUAACUGUCAGCUGCAUUGUGAAUGUCACCAUAAUAUUUACAGCCUUUCAGAACCGGGACUACAAAGCAACGACCCUCCUGCUCUUGAAAGGAAAGGAGAUUCUGACUACUAGUGAUAGCCAUCUCUGCAGAAAGGCUGAUAUAUAAAAUAUACCCCAGUCUAUGGAGAUUCUGGGAUUGUCUUUAGGGGCACGUUAUUCAAUUAUUACACUGAAUUGGGAAGAUUAUGCCCUGGUUUGUCCCAGACAAGGCGUACAUAGGUCCCAUUGUCUAUAAAUCUGGUUUUAUAUUUGCACAUUGAACUUUAAAGAAAAGAAGAAAAGAAACACAAGUACAAAUAAUAUAUAAAAGGUUCAGCAAAUAUCAAAUAAAACAUAUGAGCGACCUGCAAAGGCCAUAUCAGUGAUGUGAGGGGCUACUAAUUUCAUAUUAAAAUACUCUUUUAUCUCCAACCAUAUAUAAAAGAUGAACAAAAAAAUUAUAUUUUGGAAUAAAUAGCAACAACAGCAUUAUCUCGGUAUUAAUCUGCCUGUUUGUGAACUGUGGCUGCUCCAGUCGGUACAUUUGGUAUUCACUAAUGGAAGCUGUGAGGAGAAUGCAAUAAUUUUUCUGUAAUGGGAUGUAACCUCAAUUCGACCCCGGCCCUGCAGUCCCCUUUAUUUUUUUUUUCGCUCAGCGAAGAGACUUGUAAUGACAGCCAAGCGGCCAGACGGUGGCGCUCGAGUCUGAGCAAAAAGAUGCGUCUAAAUCCGGGAGCGCGCAGCCAGGCGCGCUCCCCCCAGCAUCCUCCCAGCUCCCCCACUCAUGCACCAGUUUACCUCUAGAGGUCAUCAGGCAGGAUUUACGACUGGACAACAAAAGCACGUGAUUCCAAGUCGUACCCCAUAUUUGGGUGCCUACGUAGGAGGGAACCAAGUACAUGUCCCAGUCAUUUCCAUAAUUCAUCAUAAAUUGUGCAAGGGUGCUAUAGACGCACAAAACGACCCAGAGCCACAAAUCAAGCACACACAUAUCAAAAAACAAAUGAGCUCUUAUUUUGUAAACUCAUUUUGCGGUCGCUAUCCAAAUGGCCCGGACUACCAGUUACAUAAUUAUGGAGAUCACAGCUCGGUGAACGAGCAAUACAGGGAUUCAGCAGGCAUGCAUUCCAGCAGGUACGGAUACGGCUACAAUGGCAUGGAUCUCAGCGUUGGGCGAACAGCUUCCAACCACUUUAGUGCCAGUGACAGAGCAAGAAAUUACCCAUCCAACCCAACCUCCUCUACAGAGCCAAGGUAUAGCCAACCUGCAGGGUCUUCACACUCUCCAAGUCCACCUGACCCUCUGCCCUGCAGUGCUGUGCCCACCCCGCCUGUCAGCGAGAGUCACCCAGGAGUCAAAAACUCUCUAACAAACUCCAACAGCAGCAACACCACGUCCAAUGCCAGCAGCACCAGCAGCAAUAGUGCCAGCAUUAGCAGGGAAGGGCUUGGUGCUUCUUCUUCUGGUGCUGAGGAGGACAUUCCAGCCAGCAGCGACCAGGCAAGUUCACAGAACGGCCAGAGCCCUGCUCCUUCAGUGCAACCCCAGAUCUACCCCUGGAUGAGAAAACUGCACAUAAGUCAUGACAAUAUAGGAGGACCAGAGGGGAAGAGGGCUAGGACAGCUUAUACACGCUACCAAACUCUGGAGCUGGAGAAAGAAUUCCAUUUUAACAGAUAUCUGACCCGCCGAAGGAGGAUUGAGAUAGCCCAUGCCCUGUGCCUAUCCGAGAGACAAAUCAAAAUCUGGUUUCAGAACAGAAGAAUGAAAUGGAAAAAGGAUAAUAAGCUGAAAAGUAUGAGUAUGGCAGCUGCAGGGGGUGCAUUCCGCCCAUAGAUGCUUUCAAGUGUUAGAAUACUGUCACCAUAGACUUUCUAGGACUCUUGUGUGUGACUUCAGUGAAGAAACCUGUUUUUUUGUCCCUAUCAUAUCCUAUCCAGUCCAUGAUGAGCCCCUUCUGUCGGAGGAAUAUAGCUGCGGCUGCUUUAUGUACAUGUUAUGUUUUUUUGGAUGGCAAUGUCUUGACAAAUUGUAAAUGUUUUAACUUAUUUGACUAUGUAAAACGCUAUGUGUUACUUGAAGGAACAGAACAAAAAAACAAACAAACAAACAAAAAACCUCUUGAUUUCUAAUGUUCUGUGUUGCAUUCAAUUUGCAAAAAAAAAGCUGUAAAUGUUUGUGAAGUGUAACUAUGUUUGAAUACUUCAAAGCGUCUACCUACGUUUCCAGAUAAUACUACCUAUGUGAAUACUAUGUUGUAGAGGUGACUUGUGUUAGUGUGGUGAGUAGUGACACAAACUGUGACCCCCCCCC